AUGAAAUACCAUGGAGAUCACAUUACCAUUCUAGGACAUAUUUUUUCCAUGCUUGCCCGCCUUUUCUUGGGUACCCACGACGAAACAGACCAGACGUUCUUCAAAGACCACAUUGACGCUAUUGCCGAAACCGCCAAGCGAUUGUCAACUCCAGGCAGCGGCGUUUGUCAAUUUGAAACAGUUGAGGAGGCCGAGAAUUACCUCAAAUUUGACGAUGCCUCGUUUGCGCACCAAUUGGUCAAGAUCAUACGGCCUGUCAUGAAGGACGUCAAGAAGGAACUCGACUCAGGGGAAAACCAGGAUCUCCUAACUCGUGCCGGCAAAUGCCGCGCGGAAACCAGGGCCCGACGAGAGAAAGCCCAAGUCCCCAAAGUCGAGGAUCUCGAGAAUGAGUUGGCUGAAUUCGAGGAAUUUGAAAUGGAUUUCGAAGAUGAAGAAGAAGCCAUGGAUGACGAGUGUGACGACGAGGACGAAGAUGGUACUGACGAUGGUGCUGGCGAUGCGGCCAAUUUUUCUGAUACCCUGAGGGGUGGAGGUGGAGGAAGUGCUCGAGGGUCAAAGCGCAAGCGGCCUAACGAAGACAAUGGCAAACAAGCCAGUCCAGCCCACAGAGAGGAGCCUAGGAAAAGGACACUUCGUUCUUCUAGUUCUAGUUGUGCUUCUGCCGGAGCCUCUACUGCUCCCAGUACUGUCGGAACUGAUCCUGUUGGCAGGAAGCCUGGCAAGAUUAAAAUCAAGGUACCAAGUUCUAAGACCGGGGGAAAGGCAAAGGGAAAGGGAAAGAAGGCGCCUUUGAGCGCCGAGACAGCCCAUCCCGAGGAUGACGAGUGA